AUGAGCACACAGGAGUGGAAAACAACUCGAGGAAAUCGAGUGAGUAAAGCGGUGAUUGAUCUGAAUGUGGAACCCAGAGAUCAAGAAGGGACCUCAUCUUCCGUAAGAGGUUCUCAUAACAUUCCAGUGGAUAUUGUACCUCCUCAGCCUACCCCUACCAUUAUUGAUGUCGAUGAAGAUGAUGUUAUCGAAUCAUCCGCAAGUGCUUUUGCUGCGGCUAAAAGUAAAUCUUUAGCUGUACGUCGGAGGCCUAUGAUGGUUGAUUUAGAGUCAGGUUGUACGACUAGAUUGCCUCCCUACAUAAGCAACAAACGGAGAAGGGUUCCUUCUAAUCAACCUAUCAUCGACUGUGAGCAUGCCACUGUAAAUGUUGUUGAAGUGUCUAAACCAAAGGCUCCACCACCUCCUCCACCUGAAGAGCCAAAAUUUACUUGUCCGAUCUGUAUGUGCCCGUUUACUGAGGAGAUGUCAACAAAGUGCGGUCACAUCUUCUGCAAGGGAUGUAUAAAGAUGGCGAUAUCUCGCCAGGCUAAAUGUCCCACGUGUAGGAAAAAGGUUACUGCGAAAGAGUUGAUUCGAGUUUUCCUUCCAACCACCAGAUGA